GAAUGACCAAGCGCGCGGCGGUUGAUGAUUGAAGAAUGACUAAUUCGAUUGCCGUCGACCAGGUUCCUCGGUAACUUUAGGUUCGCUCAAAUGUUGCUGAGCAUCACUGUCACUUUGAAUUCUUAGAACAUUCCUUCGGCCUUUCUUCUCCCAUUAUUACUACCUAGCAUUCAUUCGCAUUGUCGUUCCUCUGAUUGGCGACGUUGAGUGGCUAAUUCGCGAUCAUGUCCGCUGGUGACGAGAAGCUGCCACCUUUCUACUCGCCAAAAGCCGCAGCAGCCGGCGACGAUGCGCGACAGCAUGUGGACGACUUUUCGAUCGAUGCGCCUGCGACACGAGCCGACCAACUCAGCCAAGAGGGACAACUUCCCCCGCCAUCGCUGCUUUCACCUGCCUUUACCCCGCCAGCGACACCUGGGACACAGACACCGAGCGCACUCGGUCCGCGAGGCGUUCCUGUAGACAGCAGUACGCCCUCAGGAGGAUGCGGCUCAAAGAAGCCCAAACUGGUCGAGUCGCUGCCAACGGUCGAAUGCGAAGUCCGCGCUCGGAUACCGACGGUCAACAAUGGCGAAUUCUUCCUCCAUGUAUACAAGAACAGCGUAGACAGCAAGGAGCAUCUGGCGAUCGUCUUUGGUGAUGCCAUCCGCAGCAAGUCUCUGGAUGCGCCGAGGCCGGACGAGACAGAAUGGGACCGCAUGAUGCGCGGAGCGUAUACGGGCAAACUAUAUCCGGGACGAACGACAAGUUCUGAGGAUCCGCCAAAGGAAGGACAGCCAACCUCAAAAGCAUCAAGAGAUACCCCGCUGGUGCGCAUCCAUUCGGAGUGUUAUACGGGCGAGACUGCUUGGUCCGCGAGGUGCGAUUGUGGGGAACAGCUAGACGAGGCCGCUCGGCUCAUGAGUCUACCGGGCAAUUCAGCUGGCGGCGUCAUUGUCUAUCUACGACAGGAGGGCCGCGGAAUCGGUCUCGGCGAGAAGCUCAAAGCAUACAACCUACAAGACUUGGGCUCCGAUACAGUCGAGGCGAAUCUAUUACUGCGCCACCCAGCCGAUGCCCGAAGCUACGGAUUGGCCACGGCAAUUCUUCAGGAUCUUGGUCUAGAUGAGAUCCGCCUCUUGACCAACAAUCCCGAGAAGAUCCGUGCGGUUGAAGGUCCCAACAGGGAAGUGGUUGUCAAAGAGCGAGUGCCAAUGGUGCCACUUUCAUGGAAAGGGCGAGGGGGCAUCAGGAGCCAGGAAAUUGAAGGUUACAUGAAAGCCAAGAUCGAGAAGAUGGGGCAUAUGCUAAGUCAAGGUGGGAUAUAGUGGUUCAUUCGGAUUUUAGACGUGCAUCUGAGUCGGAAUUGUCGCAUACUCAAGGAUAUACUGCCAUUUUCCCACACAUAGAUGCGUUCGCCAUGGCCAACACAACAUGAACACUCGUGAAUACGUUCGCGGCAGCGGAACGGUUCAGGUCUAAAGUGAUGCAACUGACGGAGCCAAUCUUACCUCCAAUUCGCCAUUAGGGUAGGCUAAGGUAUUUUUGCUUUCUCGUGGUUUUGCAUCAGAGGACAGUUUAACUCUGCCCUGUCACAUAAUAUAACGUGAAUUGCGCUGUUCGGAACAAGUUUAAAUCUCCGUCUCAGCAUCAUUUUAGACAACCAUAUCC